AUGGCCACCGCACAGUCUCCAUCUCAGGACGGCUACGACCAUAUUCCGAUGCCCAAUGACCCAUCGCAACUGAGUCGCAUGGGAUCUGGCUCACGCCCCAACUCAUACGUCGCCAAUUCUAUCGUGCCUACAGAAUUUGCUGUUUCCCAGCCAGCGCAUCUACCUGAUCAGUCGCCCUUGGGCUAUACCUCACGUUUCAACGAAGAUAUGGACAUUAGCAGGCGAGGCUCUGCGGUUGUUGACGGAUUUGCUGGCGUCGGAGGAUCUAGUCUGCAGCGGAGUGAUUCCCAAAUGUCGCACAACAGUGUUCUUCCAUCCAGAGGCGGCACGCUGAAAAAGAAACCAUCCUUGAGCAGAAAAGGAAGCCUAAAACGGAGCGGCAGCAGACGCAGCCUUCGUGCAGGCAGUGUGAGAAGUCUGAAUCUCGGAGAAAAGGAAAAAUACGGCGGCGAUGACCCGAGCAGUGCCUUCUACGUCCCAAUCCCCACGACUGGCAGUCCUACAGACGAACUAGCACAUCGGUUUCAGUCGUGGCGCAAGGUUCUCAAAGACCUGAUCGUAUUCUUUAAAGAAAUUCAAAAGUCUUACGAAACGCGAGCAAAGUUGUUGCUUUCAGCCGGAAAUGUCAUUAACAACAUGUCCAUUCCCUCCACCUUCUUGGAAUCCGGCGGACUAGCAGAUGCGACCGAAGUUCUACGCGAUUAUCACAAGCAGGGCCUCGCCGAGGCCAAUAAGGCUAGAGAGGUGGAAAGCGAGGUGAUCCUUCAAUUGACCGGUCUUCGAAGCGACCUUCAACAAAAAACCAAAGAAAUCAAGAGUCUAUCUGGUGAUUUCAAGAAUAGCGUGGACAAGGAAGUCGAGAGCACGCGCAAGGCCGUGCGCAACUUACAGGAAACCUUGGGCCUGGUCGACGUAGAUCCAUCUGCUACGUCCGGCAAACACGAUCCAUUUAUUCUCAGGCUGCAGGUUGACAGACAGCUCGAAAGACAAAUCGAGGAAGAAAACUACUUGCACAGGGCCUAUCUAAACCUCGAAAACUCAGGGCGCGAAUUGGAGUCGAUUGUUGUUGGGGAAAUCCAAAAGGCUUACAAUGCUUACGCUAGUAUCUUGAAACGAGAAGCAGACGAAGCUUAUGACACAGUCGAGAAACUCCGAGCAGGUCCUAUUUCUAUGCCCAAAGAUCACGAAUGGAACAAUUUCAUUUCAGAGAGUGAGCAGCUGGUCGACCCUCGUGUACCAGUCCGAAACGUUGAAGCCAUUUCUUAUCCUGGAAAAGACCACCCAGCUGCAGCUGAAGUCCGGUCCGGUAUGCUGGAACGCAAGAGCAAGUACCUGAAGAGCUAUACACCAGGAUGGUAUGUGCUGUCUGCAACCCAUCUUCACGAAUUCAAAUCCGCCGAUAGAAUAGCCUCCCAGACGCCGGUCAUGUCUCUUUACCUACCAGAGCAGAAACUCGGAUCACACUCUCAGCCUGAAUCUACCUCGCACAAAUUCAUGCUCAAGGGACGACAAACUGGCGCGAUGCAUCGUGGUCAUGCUUGGGUUUUUAGAGCAGAAUCCUAUGAUACGAUGAUGGCUUGGUUCGACGACAUUACAAACCUUAGUGCAAGGACGGGAGAGGCACGAAACGCAUUUGUUAGACGUCACGUCCGAAGUCUGAGUGGUAACAGCUUCAGAGCAAGCUCGAUCAGCAGUGACGGCGUCAUGGACGAGGAUGAAGCCGAUCAAACUCCGUACUCUAGUCAAUCGGCUGUUUUGCAACGGGCAACUUCAACGGCAGCCGUGACGCCGGAUAAACGUCCUCAACCAGGUGGGCGUUUCCCAAGUGAUGUACAGAUCGACCGCAACUUACAGGCCACCUUAUCACGUUCUAGUGGAGAGAGUUCUGGCGACCGAGAAGCUCUAGCUGGAGCUAGCGCGCUCCCCGACUCCGGCAUUCCAUUUGCACCGACCCAACAACCGGCCGAAGACCCGAAUUAUCCUGCAGCACAAGAACAUACCCAGCUACCACACCGACCAGUUAACUACCAAAACGCUGCACCUCCUGAAAACUACGACUCUUAUGCCGGAGAGUGGGUAAACACAUCCACUACCAUUGAUCACGCCCAUAACCACAAGCAAGAGCAAUCACCUACUACCUCUCGUCGAGCCUUUUCUCCCUCCCAAGCCCCGAUUGUCGUCAACAACGAAGCACACCCGCAGAAUAACUACGUCGACAAUGACUCGGCAGAACUCGCUAACACGAAUUCUACCAAUCCCUCUGCGGCUACCACCUCGAUAUAUGCGGUCCCAGACGCCUCUCUGCUUAAUAGACAGGAAUCUGAGCGCUCGAGGCAGACUCAUUCCACAUACUCAUUAACCGCAUCAACCCCAACGUCUAUCACAUCGCCUUUAUCAGAUAGCGCCGUCAUGGAUGCUUCAUCUACCCGUCCGAACGCACAAUCCAAGGAGAGUGCUUCAACCAUUGACCAACUCAAGAUGCCGGGGAAAUUUCCCCGCACCCUGACGGGCUGA